GACGUAAGUAUGCACGACAUGUUAUUUAAGUGUCAAAUUGUAGCACAAAAAAACUGCUGCUCUAUGAGUGUCAGGGACAGACAUGUCUCUGCUGCGGUUUAAUGCUUCACUGAACAAAUAUGUGUCAAAGAGCGUUUCUGUGGACUUCAUUUUUAAAGGCUUUUCAAGGGCAGCUAGCGGAGCCGGUAAGGACCGGGAGCCUCUGAAGAAGCCUAAAACCCCACAGGGUCGACUUGACAACACAGAAGAGAAGAGUGGAGACGUUCUUGAAAAGUUCCCUGACGAUGUGAAUCCUGUAACAAAGGAAAAAGGGGGGCCCCGGGGCCCGGAGCCUACCCGCUAUGGAGACUGGGAAAGAAAAGGCCGCUGUGUCGACUUCUAGCCAUGUACUAUAUUGAAAAUCAUAAGUUUUACAUUUGAAGAUAUGCAGUCAGUGGAUAAUUGCUGAGUACGUUCACGUCUUAGAUCAGAAGUGAAGAAUGAGGAUAAGGCACAGCCUGUUUUUUCAGGAGAUCAUUUUCUUCACAUAAAAAUACUUGGAUGUAUUCUGUCAAAGUAAUGUAGCAAGUAUAUUGUAAGUGGGUCCUGACUGGUUGCAGGCACAGCGUUAUCAUUUAAGACUGGACUGUAAAACUACAUUCCUGACACCAUGUCAGAAUUACUUAAUACUCUGUAUUUUGUUGGUCGAAUCACCUAUAUUCAACAUGUUUUGCUCUUUGGUGAUGUUCUAAUAAGGGUGUGGUUCUAAGUGCUGGUCAUGGAAGUUCACUAUGUUUUGUCACCAUCUAUGAAUGUUCAAUAAAAACAAUGGCAGUUCUAUUUUUCAUUCAGUAUAUGUUUUGAGAACAUUUUUUAGAUACAUAUAUAAUCAUGUGAUUGCAGAUUGCAGUUCUCUGGGUUAUUAAUAUAAAAGUUAAUGCAUUGCUUCUUACUACUUUACUAUUAAAUUAUUCUAUUUACAGACAUGUUAAAUAAUCAAUUUGUGUAAAUCACCACCUUAUGAACAUAAAUCAUUUCUAUAUUCAAGUGAAAUGGGUUUUAUCAGAUGAGAAAUUAUAACACAUUUAAAUUAAUUUACAAUAUGAACAAGAAUAAGUUCUUUUUACAUAAUGUGUAGCCAAAAAGGAUGAAGGUGCGACAUUGACAUUACAUUUGAAUAUUUUAUUACCUCCUUAAUGGCUAAUGAGUCAUUGGUUGACUUGUGUUUAUACAAAUAAGUAUUCCGUAAAUGUCGGUCAUUCUGAAUAUAUUUAUG